AAUUUAUGAUUGUUGGAAAGUGGGUUCCUUGAACUGCAGCAACCUUAAAAAUGAUUCAUUUCAUGUCACCACUUAAUCCCACCACCAGAAUUCAGUCAGAAGCUGGAAAACUAUUCAACUGGUAUUAUUUUUCAAAGCCGUUGAUGGGAUCGGAUGAAGCUGAUCCACCUGCUGGUUUUUGCAGCAGUUUUUGUAGGAGGUGCCUGCCAGUACACCUAUGGGUAUUUCAAUUGGCUCGCACGUGUUAUGGGAUAUUCUCGGUAUUACAGUAAUCAAUAUUAUGGGACUGAGCGUGAGCCUUCGUUGGCAACCAACUGCCCUGCUGAAUGCACCUGCCCAUCUAUCUUUCCCAGGGCUAUGUACUGUGAUACCCGUAUGUUAAAAUAUAUCCCCGAGGUGCCAGCCCGGAUGAAAUAUGUUUACCUGCAGAACAACCAGAUCGAUGCUGUGCCAGAUGGAGUAUUUGACAAUGCUACUCAUCUCGUCUGGGUUGUCCUCCAUUGGAAUAAAAUUUCCAAUGACAAGAUAGGUGCAAAUGUAUUCUCCAAACUGACAAACCUGGAGAGAAUGUACUUGGGACAUAACAAUCUCACGAAGAUUCCCUUUCCUUUGCCAAAGUCGCUGAGGGAGCUGAGAGUUGCAGGAAACAAGAUUUCAACUGUUCAACCCGAUGUACUGGAAGGUCUCGACAACUUGACUAAGCUACUGCUGAAUGACAAUGAGCUGGAAGAUAUCGGAAGCUCCCUCAAAGUUUUAAAGUCUUUGUCUUACUUGGACCUCAGCAAUAACCACCUAAAAAAACUCCCUGAAGUACUUCCAGACUCACUGCACCAGCUGUACCUGGAUUUCAAUCACAUCAGCUCAAUUCCUGAUGAGUACUUCCAACAGUUCCCUAAACUUCAAUAUGCGCGGAUCUCAAAUAAUGAACUAACGGAUAAUGGAAUACCAUUAAACACAUUUAACGUGUCCAGUUUGAUUGAGUUGGAUCUCUCCCAUAAUAAGCUGCAGAAGAUUCCUCCUGUCAAUGAGAACUUAGAAAACCUGUACCUACAUGCCAACAAGAUCAAAGAGUUCACCGUGGACAGCUUCUGUAGAACCAUGGGAUUAAUGAGCUUCUCCAAGAUUCGAGUGCUUCGACUGGAGGGCAACAGUAUCAAACAAGAUAAUAUUCCGCAAGAAGUCAACAGCUGUCUUCGCCAAGCAAGAAUAAUAAAUAUUUAAUGUGCAUUCAUAUAUCUUAUUACAAUACCCACUUAUACAUGUAAACUUCCUUCUACAGCUGGAGUAUAUAAAGACUAGGCAUCCAGCUUC